AUGUCCAAGGCCCCCAACCCAAAGGACUCCAUGAAGUCGACGUGGCGUACCGCCGACAGAGACACCUGGAAGUUGAGCCACUGGAUCUUCGAGUACCUUGACGGCUACCCUAUCUAUCUGGACAAGGCUGUCCCGGAACACGCAAAGACAGAAAAGGUCCCAUAUCUCUCGCAAUGGUCGCAGCACGUCUGGGUGCUGGUGCACGCAGUCACACCGUUACUCCUCCACCAGGCCAUCCUGACGCUUACCGGGACGCAGAGUCUACACCCUGCAGCCGUCUUCUUUUUCUACUUCAACGCCUUCAACAUCAUCCUCAUCCGCGAGUUGCACACGCUCCGGGAGAUGGGCCACAGGUGGGGGUUCCUCGACGGGGACGUCCACGACCGCGAUGGCGUUCCCGACGCCGGCGUGACAAAGGUCCUACUGUCGGCUCUCAAGGGCACCGGCGGCAGGGUCGCCCUCACCAUCUACUUCGCCUACGACCGACCCGUGCAGCCAGUCGACGCCCUCUCCGACUGGAAGUGGUGGGCGUGGCUGGCUCUCGAAAUCGGCCUCUAUAGUGUCAUUCUCGACUUUUGGUUCUACUGGUACCAUCGCUUGAUGCAUGACGUCUCCUUCCUGUGGAAGUACCACCGCACUCACCACCUUACCAAGCACCCUAACCCGCUCAUGACGGCCUUUGCAGACGAGGAGCAGGAGUUUUUCGAUCUCGUGGGCAUCCCAUUCUUGACCUACAUGAGCCUCCGGGCCCUCAGUCUGCCGCUGGGCUUCUACGAAUGGUGGCUCUGCCAUCAGUACAUUGCCUUUAUCGAGGUUGCUGGCCAUAGUGGACUGCGGCUACACGCAGCCGGGCUGUCGACCUUCCACCCUAUUCUUCGGUAUUUUAAUGCAGAGAUUGUCAUUGAGGAUCAUGACCUGCAUCACCGUAAGGGCUGGCGAAAGAGCCACAACUACGGCAAACAGACUAGGCUUUGGGACCGUGUGUUUGGCACGUGCAUCGAUCGGGUUGAGUCCGCACCAGACAACGUCGACUAUGUCAACCAGGCGCACGUUCCGCUCUUCUAG